GGCAUCCAAGAAUUUCAGAAUCACUGUCACAAGGUGUGAGCUGUCGUCGGCUGGAAUUUUACACCGGAUUGCGAUUCAAUAGAAUCUUUCGGAAUGAAUAAAGCAAUCUGCGUUGUUUUGCUCUCUAACGUCUGGAUCUAUUUCUGCGAAGGAGUGGACCCUUGCUGUGCACAACCAUGUGAAAAUAGGGGCUUAUGUAAUUCAAAAGGCUUCGACGACUAUGAGUGUGAAUGCACAAGAACUGGAUAUUAUGGAAAGAACUGCACAACUCCUGAAUUCCUAACAUGGAUAAAGAUGUCAUUGAAACCAGCCCCGAACACUGUGCACUACUUCCUUACACACUACAAAGGGGUGUGGAAUGUCAUCAACAAGAUCAGUUUUGUGAGAAAUGCUAUCAUGAGCUAUGUCUUGACAUCCCGCUCACAUUUGGUGGACAGCCCACCGACUUACAAUUCUGAUUAUGGCUACAAGAGCUGGGAAGCUUACUCCAACCUGUCUUACUAUACACGGACCCUUCCCCCAUUGCCAAAGGGCUGUCCUACACCUAUGGGAACUGCAGGAAGAGCCGUGCUUCCAGAUGCCAAGCUUGUGGUGGAGAAGGUUAUGUUGAGGAAGCGGUUCAUUCCGGAUCCUCAGGGUUCCAAUCUCAUGUUCGCCUUCUUCGCCCAGCACUUCACCCACCAGUUCUUCAAAUCAGACUUCAAGAAAGGACCAGCUUUCACCAAAGCCUUGGGCCAUGGCGUGGACUUACACCAUGUCUAUGGAGACACUCUGGAGAGACAGCACAAGUUGAGGCAGUUCAAGAAUGGCAAACUGAAGUAUCAGGUUGUGAAUGGCGAGGUCUACCCCCCAUUGGUAAGGGAGGUUGGGGUCGAGAUGCACUAUCCACCCCACGUGAUCGAGGAGCACCGCUUCGCUGUGGGCCACGAGCUUUUCGGCCUGGUCCCCGGUCUCAUGAUGUAUGCCACUAUCUGGCUGAGAGAGCACAACCGCGUCUGUGACGUCAUGAUGCAGGAGCAUCCCGAAUGGGACGACGAACGCAUUUUCCAGACCACACGCCUCAUCCUAAUUGGCGAGACCAUAAAGAUAGUGAUUGAGGACUACGUCCAGCACCUGAGUGGCUACCACUUCCAGCUCAAGUUCGACCCGGAGCUCCUGUUCAACCAGCGCUUCCAGUACCAGAACCGUAUUGCAGCUGAGUUCAAUACCCUGUACCACUGGCACCCACUAAUGCCUGACACCUUCAACAUCGAGGGCCGCGCCUACACCUACCCCCAGUUUGUCUUCAACAACUCCCUGGUCACAGAGCACGGCAUCAACAACCUGGUGGAGUCCUUCACCAAGCAGAUCGCUGGAAGGGUGGCUGGUGGGCGUAAUCUGCCUCCUUCAGUAGUGGGCGUAGCAGCUAAGGCCCUGGAGCACAGCAGAGACAUGCGUUACCAGUCCCUCAACGCCUACAGGAAACGCUUCAACAUGAGGGCCUACUCCUCUUUCGAGGAUCUCACAGGAGAGAAAGAGCUGGCUGCGGAGCUGGAGAGUCUAUAUGGGGAAGUGGAUGCUGUGGAGCUGUACCCAGGCCUUCUGGUGGAGCGCCCCAGACCUAACUCUGUCUUCGGGGAGACUAUGAUUGAAAUGGGCUCCCCUUAUUCCCUGAAAGGUCUCCUGGGAAACCCCAUUUGCUCGCCGGAAUACUGGAUGCCCAGCACGUUCGGAGGGAUUGUGGGCUUUGACAUCGUCAACACUGCUUCAUUGGAGAGGCUGGUGUGCAGCAAUGUCAAAGGUCCUUGUCCUAUGGUGUCUUUUCAAGUGCCAGAUUUUUUUAGAGUGUUUGAGCAGGCGUCAGCCAACGCAAGUGAGACACACCCGAGUGAUGUGAACCCAGGUGUUCUGCUGAAAGAAAGGACUUCAGAGCUUUAAAGAACUGAAGCAAUAGGUUUUAUUCAAAUACACUUAGCAGUGUCUAGUGUUCUAAAGUUGCUCUCGUUUUAGGUCAUUUUGCUGUAUUUCUGAUUUUAUUGUGAUAUUUGCAAGCAAAAAGGCUUUAUUUUGCUGCAGCAAUUAUGUCAUUUAGCAUGGCAAUAUGCAAUUAUUUUGUCCAAUUUGUUGCAAAACUGCACUGACGAGAGAACAUUUGUUGACAUUUGGCUAAAUUGAACCAUAUUAUGCUGUAAAUGUGCAUGAUUAUUUGAAAUUGCCAGGCCUCUUUUUGUACUGCAGUGUUGGAUCAUUUGUAUGCAAUAAUAUUUUUAUGAUUUAACUGUUUUAUGAGGAAAUAGUGCAGUGAUUGGACAAAUGUAUAAAUAUUCUAAUUUGGGAUUGCGGAAUCCUUGAGGGACUUAUUUAGUUAUUUAUUGUUUAUUAAUUUAUGUAUUUAAUAUUUAUUAGUGUAUUGUUGAUUAUUUAGUUAUGGUUAUGUUUUUAAAUAUGAAAACCGUUUACUAAUUUGCAAUGCUUAACAUGAACAAAAGUAAGUUAGUUUUCUCUGUAUACACUGUGAAACUUGAAGGAGUUACAUGGGGCUGUUAAGAGCAUUGGGCCAAUAACUGAAAGGUCGCUGGUUCAAGUCGAGCUGGCAUGGUGGAAAAUCAGUCGUUAUUCUGCCCUUGAGAAAGGCAGUUAACCCCCAACAACUACUCCCCGGGUGCCGAUGAUGUGGAAGUCAAUUUAGGCAACUCUGAUUCCAAGGGGUUGGGUUAAAUGCAGAAGACAUUUCAGUUGAAUGCAUUCGGUUGUGCAAAUGUCUAGGUAUCUCCUUGCUUGAAGCAAAGACCUAUCCGAAAUACUUUUAUGUUGCUUAUUGUCUGUCUAGAACUUGAACUACCGCAUGGAAAAUCAGCUGGGGUGUAUUUGUCAGUCGUUUUUUUUGUCAAAUAUAAUGUUAUUGCAAAUGGAGGAAGUGAAUAUUUGUGAGACUGUAUUAUUACAGAGUGAAAUGAAUGAAUGCAAAUGAAUCACACUAAUACAAUUCUUGGUAAAUUGA